AUGGUCAAUAACGGUCGACCGUCGAAAUAUUGUUUCCCCUGCAGAAAAAGGAAGCUCCGGUGCGACCUCGCGCCUGGAGGAUGCGGCCAGUGUCGGAGAGUCAAACUGAGCUGUCAUGGGUACCGCGACUUUACUCAACUUCUCUUCCGUGACGAGACCAAAACCACGGCUUCAAAGGUCUCGGCCCGAUUGACCGCUGCUGUUGCUUCUUGCUCUCACGUCUCGAUACGGGACCCUCCUCAUCUCACAUGGGAGGACAUCUCCCGCGACGCCUUCCUCUCCCUCUACGUUGUCGGGCUCAGCCACACCUUCGACACUCUCCCCGCUCUCCUGACGACCUCCCCACCCGAUGGCCACUUACACAUUAGUCUCGGCGCAGCUAGUCUCGCCUUCAUGUCUUUCCACUUCAACCGGCAUGAUUUACUCCUCCUUGCCAGCAAGCAAUACGUCGCUGCCAUCAGAAGCGUCAGAUCGGCACUGAACACCAGCAACAGCAGCGACUUCCAACAUGACAGCAACAACGACGAAGUCGUCCAGUCAGCACUUCUCCUAGACCUUUACGAGAAGAUUGCCAACCGCCACGAGCACCAAUCCGCAUCGUGGCUAAGCCACGCCCGGGGCGCUCUCCACAUGGUCUGCGACCGCGCCAACACCGACUUCUCCAACCCGACCACCUGCCAGCUAGCCAAUAACGCCGCCGUAGCCCUCAUGAAGAGCUGCGGCAUCGCCGGCGUCCCCGUGCCGCCCUCGCUGCUGGCCCUGCGCGAGGACCUCAACAGCUACGUCCGAGACGCUGAAUGGAGCUUCACGGGUCUCGUCGUCGGCAUCGUCAACCUCCGCGCCUACACGCAGAGCCUGGCCUCGGGCGCAGCCUAUCCGAAUGUGGUGCUGCGUCGGGCCAAGAUCUUGGACGAGCACAUGGCCCUUGUGCAGGAGCGGCUCCAGCGCUCGUGGAAGGCUACGCGGACUUUCACGGUUGCGUAUAACCCGCUCAUCUUUGGACGGUAUUACGACGUCUAUCCGAGUCACCACGCGACGCAGGUGACUAAUGCUGUUCGGAUGAUGCGAUUGGAGCUGAAUAGCAUUAUUCAACAUAUGGGCCACGACGAAGAUCACACCAUCAAGAGUCAGACCCGGGAGAUUAUCCGGGAACUCAAUCGGCACUUGUGCGCCGCCGUGCCCCAGUUUUUGCUCUUGAUAGGGGGUGACGCCACGAGUCUACCAGUAUAUACCCUACCACCAUUACAGAGGCUACAUUGCUGUACAAUGUUGACGCCAUUGUACCUCUCCUUUUGUCUGACGGAGGACUCUUAUAUGAAGGAAUGGAUCUUGCAGAUUCUUCUGCGUAUGGCGGAACACGGAAUCAAGUUGGCGAGUGACGUCUUUCAACUGAUUUCGUCAGGUAAACUUGCAGAUUAUUGGGCUCUGUAUGCCAUGGUCGGUAGCUAUGCUAUUGCAGCUUAA